GCCCCGCCUACUCUGCAGGACACCUCCCACUCAUGCGGGUCGGUCUGUAUCCUGGGUGACGUCAGUUCCGUCGGCAACCAUCGAGGCGGUUCGGUUCCGGACACAUACUUCCGGCCCGUCACCCCGGCAACCGGAGGAAGGAGAGGAAGUACCGGGAGAACAACGAGCCAUGGACGAGCCGGAGAUGGCGGAACUGGAGAAUAUGGUGGUGGAGGAGUUGGGUAUAUCUAUGAAAGAGCUGCGCGAGUUUAUAGACAAAGAGGUGGAGAAGAUUGAGUUUGUGAAGCAGCGGAAAGCUCAGUUACUGGAGCUGGAGCAGUUGGUGAAACAGAAAGAAGAAGAGGCGGCCCACGUGGACAGUUUGUGCAAUAAUGCUUCAAUGGCUCUUGAUGGCUGUGAGAUGCUGGUGAAAACGUUAUAUAGUGAGAUGGGAAUCACCUACAAGGAGAGCAGCUCAGAGGACGAGGCGUCUUCUAAGCCUGUGGAAGUCAUUGAGAUACCAGAUGAGGAUGACGACGAUGAUGUGAUCAGUGUGGGAUCAGGUGAUGUUGUUAUUAAGACUCCAAAAGAAAAACAUCUAUUGAAAGAUGCAAUGGCUGCCAUGAAGAAGUGCAAGCAAGACGUGCAGAUCGUUGUGGAUGCCAUCAAUAAGAAGUCAGAUGGACUGCAGACUCAAUUUCCCUCUGGCCCAGCAUCACCCACAAGUUCUGUGGCUGGAUCAAACCAGGCCGGCACAGCCAACGACAUGAACAAAGAUGGAGACCUUGUUGUGGGCAUGCGUAUACUGGGAAAGAAGAGAACAAAGACAUGGCACAAAGGGGCUCUGAUUGCCAUCCAGCUGGUUGGGACAGGGAAAAAGUACAAAGUGAGGUUUGACAACAAAGGGAAGAGCCUGCUGUCCGGGAACCACAUUGCCUACGACGACCAGCCUACACCUGAAAAACUGUUUGUAGGGAGCAGAGUGGUGGCCAAGUACAAAGAUGGGAACCAAGUGUGGCUUUAUGCUGGGAUUGUAGCGGAACCUCCCAGCAACAAGAAUAAAAUGAGGUUUCUGAUAUUCUUUGAUGACGGCUACGCUUCAUAUGUCACACAAUCGGAACUGUACCCUGUCUGCAGACCACUCAGCAAAUCCUGGGAGGACAUUGAAGAUGUUCCCUGUCGGGACUUUGUUGAGGAAUAUGUCACGGCCUACCCCAACCGGCCAAUGGUUCUGCUCAAAACCGGUCAGCUGAUCAAGACAGAGUGGGAGGGCACCUGGUGGAAAUCCAAGGUGGAAGAAGUAGACGGGAGCCUGGUGAAGAUUUUAUUCUUGGACGACAAGCGAUGUGAGUGGAUUUAUCGAGGGUCCACUCGUUUGGAGCCCAUGUUCAGCAUGAAGACGUCUACAGCUUCAACACAGGAGAAGAAGCAAGCAGGACAACAGCGAACUCGCCCUAAUGUGGGGACAGUGCGGAGUAAGGGGCCAGUGGUACAGUACACGCAUGACCUCACAGGAAGUGAGUCUCCUUUUAAACCAGCAGCUCCAGCCUCUCCUGAGUCAAUUCCUUCACCGCAACUUAUCGACACAGAUCCACAGGCACAGUCCAAGAAGCAAGUGGCAAAGAAAAGUACAUCAUUCCGCCCGGGUUCAGUUGGUUCUGGGCAGACCUCUCCAGUACCCAGCGAGCAGCCACCUGGUGCACGACCUAUACUGCCAAAUCAGCCGAACCAGCAGGUGCACCAGCCAAACCAGAUGCACCAGCCAAACCAGGUGCACCAUGUCCAACAGCAGAACCAGGUCCAACAGCAGAACCAUUCGUUCCAGUCUAUACAAACUGUCCAAGGAAACCAGAACAUACAGACUGUUCAAACAAUACACAACAUUCAACCCAAUCAUAAUAUCCAAACUAUACAAGUAGCACAACCUAACAGGUUUGUGACUGCUCCUCCGCAGUUCAAUUUCGCUCCAUCAAACCAGUUACCAGUAGAGAAUAGUUACAAGGCCCCUAUGGAGAAGCCUUUCUACCUACCUCACAUCUGCAGCCACUCCUGUUUGUCCCGACUCCGCCCUGUUUCGCAUCGUGGAAAAAACCCUCUGCUUGUCCCACUACUUUACGACUUCAGACGCAUGACCGCCAGGCGGCGUGUGAACCGCAAGAUGGGAUUUCAUGUGAUCUAUAAAACACCCUGUGGGCUCAGCCUCCGCACCAUGCCCGAGAUAGAACGCUUCAUCUUUGAGACACGCUGUGACAUCUUAUUUUUAGAGAUGUUCUGCCUUGACCCCUAUGUGCUGGUUGACCGUAAAUUCCAGCCACACAAACCCUAUUAUUACAUCCCAGAUAUCACAUACGGCAAGGAGGAUGUGCAGCUCUCCUGCGUGAACGAGAUAGACAGGACGCCUCCGCCACAAGUAGAUUACAGCAAGGAGAGGAUUCCAGGCAGGGGGGUGUUUAUAAACACCAGCUCGGAAUUCCUGUUGGGAUGUGACUGUACGGAUGGAUGCAGAGACAGGUCCAAAUGUUCUUGUCACCAAUUGACCAUUGAUGCCACUCGCUGCACACCUGGGGCACAGGCUAACACAUCAGCGGGCUACACACACAAGAGACUGGAAGAAUGUCUUCCCACUGGAAUGUAUGAAUGCAACAAGAGAUGUAAAUGCAAUGUCAAUAUGUGCACUAAUCGCCUGGUACAGCACGGCCUCCAAGUGCGCCUCCAACUCUUCAAGACCCAGAACAAGGGGUGGGGGAUCCGCUGCUUGGAUGACAUUGCAAAGGGCUCCUUCGUCUGUAUCUAUGCAGGUAAGAUCCUGACUGAUGACUUUGCGGACAAAGAAGGAUUAGAGAUGGGUGAUGAAUACUUUGCCAAUUUAGACCACAUUGAAAGUGUAGAAAACUACAAAGAAGGUUACGAAAGUGAUGUCAAGUCGUCUUCUGACAGCAGUGGUGUAGACCUCAAGGAAAACAGAGAAGAGGGCUCUGGCAGUGAAGGCCAGGAGGAAUCCAUUGAGGAUAGUUCAGAUGACAAUUUUGGGAAGAACGAGGACAUUACAACCAGCUCUAUAUGGCGGAGCUAUGCAACACGGCGACAAACUAGGGGUCAAAAAGAAAACGGAACCUCAGAGACUACCUCUAAGGACUCAGCAUUAGCUAGGCAGACCAGCCAAGGAGAGAACACAGACUGCAAGCUCCCCGAGGAGACCUCUAAAAAUAAGGUGGCUACCUGGCUGAGCACCAACACCAUGAACGACAACUACAUGGACUCUGACAGCAGGUCAUCUCUUAAAAUGGGAGAUGUGCCAGAUGCAGAGAAACAGCCAAAGAAAGAGGAGCAUGGAAAGGAGACUAAGGAAUCUGACAAGUUUCCCGGGCGUGGCGAGAGCAACAGAGUGUACGGUUAUAACCCUUCCCCAGCCAAUACUCAGGGUAUGACUAGACCAAUCAGCAAAACCGCCAUGCACCAGAACAGACGCCAAUCCAACACACAGACUAAUGAUGAGGUUCUGACAUUAAGCAGCUCGGAGAGCGAGGUUGGAAAUGGGGCUAACGCCAAGAAACCUGCUGCCCAAACAAACACUAACGACAGCGAUGACAUCCAGACCAUUUCUUCUGGCUCCGAUGUAGAUGACAAGAAGAACGUCACCUCCAGCACAGGGCCUGUAAAGAGACAAGUGGCUGUAAAAUCAACCCGUGGUUUUGCCUUGAAAUCCACUUAUGGCAUUACUGUGAAGCCCAAUAUGCCGUUUGCUGAUAAAGGUGAUAGUGGACAAAGGACAACACGCCAAUUUUAUGAUGGGGAGGAAUCCUGUUACAUCAUUGAUGCCAAGUUGGAGGGAAACUUGGGACGAUACUUGAAUCAUAGCUGCAGUCCUAACCUGUUCGUCCAGAACGUGUUUGUGGAUACACAUGACCUGCGCUUCCCCUGGGUGGCUUUCUUUGCCAGCAAGAGGAUACGAGCCGGAACAGAGUUGACCUGGGACUAUAACUACGAAGUGGGAAGCGUUGAAAGCAAGAAGCUCCUGUGCUGCUGCGGAUCCACAGAAUGCAGGGGCCGCCUUCUGUAAUCCCUUCUCACCUAAUAUACAGUACUUACAGUACCCCUUCCUGGUGCUAACAAUGAGUCGUAUGCAUUCCGCAACAGUUUUCCUGAGGUGGAAGUGCUCCGGCUUUUACGUCCCUGCUCAUAAUGUCCAUUGAAAACGUCUUCUCACUGUGCCCUCCGCCCUCUCUCGUUAUAACUGUGUUCUUUCAGCUUCAUUUGUGGAGGGAGGAGAAAAUAGUUUUUUGUUUUUUUUGUAGAGUUACAUUUUAAGCUUGCUGUUUUUAAUGUUUUCAUUUUUUCAGGGUUCCCCUUCUUUUGAAAUAAUAAAACAAGUAGUUUAAUCUUUCCAGGACUGGAUUUAGCUGUAUAAAGUGUUCUGUGAGUGAAGUGUAAAAGAUAAAUGGGAUAGGCUCUUUUUUUUUGUUUUAAUUAUUAUUAUUUUUUUUUUUACCAACAUAGAUUCGUUUUACGUGUGAUAGGCUGGUUGAAGCUGACAUUCUGAAGACUGUCUUUUUGUAUGGUAUUUAUGAUGUCCCUUUAAAUGCCUGUCGCACAGUAGCCAGUUUUUUGUGAAUGCAACAUAUCCAUAACUUGGUAAUGGCAUUCAUUUUUAGUGAGGGUGCUUUCUUGUGCAUAUAGGCCCUCAUUCCGAGUUGUUCGCUCGGUAUUUUUCAUCGCAUCGCAGUGAAAAUCCGCUUAGUACGCAUGCGCAAUGUUCGCACUGCGACUGCGCCAAGUAACUUUACUAUGAAGAAAGUAUUUUUACUCACGGCUUUUUCUUCGCUCCGGCGAUCGUAAUGUGAUUGACAGGAAAUGGGUGUUACUGGGCGGAAACACGGCGUUUCAGGGGCGUGUGGCUGAAAACGCUACCGUUUCCGGAAAAAACGCAGGAGUGGCCGGAGAAACGGUGGGAGUGCCUGGGCGAACGCUGGGUGUGUUUGUGACGUCAACCAGGAACGACAAGCACUGAACUGAUCGCACAGGCAGAGUAAGUCUGGAGCUACUCUGAAACUGCUAAGUAGUUAGUAAUCGCAAUAUUGCGAAUACAUCGGUCGCAAUUUUAAGAAGCUAAGAUUCACUCCCAGUAGGCGGCGGCUUAGCGUGUGUAACUCUGCUAAAUUCGCCUUGCGACCGAUCAACUCGGAAUGAGGGCCAUAGUUUCAGGCCACAAAUUUCCUGCCAUUACUGCUUACAUGCCAUAGGUACACUUUAAUGCAGACUUAACUCUGUUAACUGGCAUUGUUUUAUUUCAAAGGUGUGUAAGGAAAUAUACUUAUACAGGUAUGGGACCUGUUGUUUGGAUGCUGGUUAGGAAAUAGGUCUGAAAAUCAACAAGAGUAUAAAACGAAUACAUAUAUUGUUCCUGUGUUAGGGGGGAUGUUUUAAGACUUGUAGAAAAAUAUAGAGGAGAGAGAGAGAACGUACCAACCAAUCAGCAUCCAACUGUCAGUUUACUGUCUGUCUGAAAAAUGACAGUAGUUGAUUGGUACUUUCUCUCUCACUCCAAGGCUAAAUACAUUUCCCCCUAUACGGAUUUCGACCCACAUACACAAGCAACAUAUUGCUGCUAUUUGCCAGUCUCUCAACGGCCAACUCGGGAAAUCAGGAUUAUUAAACAUGCUAAAAAUCCUUAUUCCCUGAUCCCAACUGAAAACGGUCUGGAUUGGCAAAUCGGGCAUUUUUAACAUAUUUAAUUUCCUUGAUUCCCCAAGGGAUUGUCGAUCAUCUAUGGUCAACUAUACUGGACAGAUCGGGAAUCUGCACUUAGUUGUAUAGGGCUAUUAGUCACAGAGGUAAUCUAUUCAAUUCAGUUCGGAUUGUGUAGUGCUGGGAAUUAGCUCCUGGUGCUAUUCAAUUCUGUACGCCGUCAUGUCGGGGAAGGCCAGUUCUCGUGGGCUAAGCAGGGUGUUAAGGUGCAAGAACGGGCAUUCUCCGUCUAAAGUGCCCGCCGCUAUGCUGUUUUGUCCGCGCUGCGACACAAAACAGCAUCGCGUACUUAAAUUUUGUCGGAUUUCUGCUUGCAUUCCCAGAGGGGUGCGAGAAGAAAUCUCCUAGUCGGGAAUGACAGCACUCUGAAUUGAAUAGCUUCUGGAGUUCCCUCCCGGUGCUAUUUAAUCCGCGCUUAAUUGAAUCAAGCCCAAUGUGGCAAAAACUUCCAUUUAGUAAGGAGAGAAAUGGCAUGCAUGGUGUUGGAAAACUGCAAGUAAAUUUUUUAAGUGAAUCCGUAUCUAUUAGGUCUGUUGCUCUUAUAUCCAGAAAGUGACAAAUCCCAAUCAUUCUGGAUGAUAAAUUGUAUGCCUGCAGUAUUAAAGAGAUUCUUAUUUGA